CGCUCGAUGUGAACAGACGUGCGUGUCGGAACAACAGCCGAAAAUCAAACACGAAAGCUGAAAGAAUUUCAAACUGAAUCUCAAUCGCAAGAAUCAGUGGCCCAGUGUCAAGUGACCCAGUGACAAGUGUCUUGUGUCUUUUGUCUUGUAUAUUCUGGUGACCCAGCCAAGUGGUAACCCAUAGAUAGACCAAUGGCCCUGGAGGAUCGCUGCAGUCCACAGUCAGCGCCCAGUCCCGUUACCCUACAAAUGCAGCAUCUCCACCACCACCACCAGCAACAGCAGCAGCAGCAGCAACAGCAGCAAAUGCAGCAUCUCCACCAGCUGCAGCAACUGCAGCAGUUGCAUCAACAACAACUGGCCGCCGGUGUCUUUCACCAUCCGGCCAUGGCCUUUGAUGCGGCCGCCGCAGCCGCCGCUGCUGCAGCAGCUGCCGCCCACGCCGCCCAUGCUGCUGCACUGCAGCAGCGCCUGAGUGGCAGCGGUUCGCCCGCUUCGUGCUCCACGCCCGCCUCCUCCACACCGCUGACCAUCAAGGAGGAGGAGAGCGACUCCGUCAUCGGGGACCUGAGCUUCCACAACCAGACGCACACCACCAACGAGGAGGAGGAGGCGGAGGAGGAGGACGACAUCGAUGUGGAUGUGGACGACACGUCGGCGGGGGGACGCCUGCCACCGCCCGCCCACCAGCAGCAGUCGACGGCCAAGCCCUCGCUGGCCUUCUCGAUCUCCAACAUCCUGAGCGAUCGCUUUGGUGAUGUCCCAAAGGCGGGAAAGCCUAUGGAAAAUCAAGCCAACAUUUUCCGGCCCUUCGAGGCGAAUCGUUCGCAGACAGCCACGCCCUCCGCCUUCACCCGAGUGGAUCUGCUGGAGUUCAGCCGGCAGCAGCAGGCCGCCGCUGCAGCGGCAACCGCCGCCAUGAUGCUGGAGCGGGCCAACUUCCUCAACUGCUUCAAUCCCGCCGCCUAUCCCAGGAUCCAUGAGGAGAUCGUGCAGAGUCGCCUGCGCCGCAAUGCAGCCAAUGCCGUCAUCCCGCCGCCCAUGAGCUCCAAGAUGAGCGAUGCCAAUCCCGAGAAGUCCGCCCUGGGCUCCCUCUGCAAGGCGGUCUCCCAGAUUGGACAGCCUGCGGCCCCCUCGAUGACGCAACCCCCUUUGAGCAGCAGUGCCAGCAGCCUGGCCAGUCCGCCACCCGCCUCCAAUGCCAGCACCAUCAGCAGCACCUCCUCGAUGGCCACCAGUUCGAGCUCCUCCUCGUCGGGUUGCUCCUCGGCGGCAAGCUCGCUGAACUCCUCGCCCAGCAGCCGACUGGGAGCCAGUGGAUCGGGGGUCAAUGCCAGCAGUCCCCAGCCGCAGCCCAUUCCUCCGCCAUCCGCUGUCAGCCGAGAUUCCGGCAUGGAGUCCUCCGAUGACACGCGAUCCGAGACGGGAUCCACCACCACCGAGGGCGGCAAGAACGAGAUGUGGCCCGCCUGGGUGUACUGCACCCGCUAUAGCGAUCGUCCCAGCUCAGGACCCCGCUACCGCCGCCCCAAACAGCCAAAGGAUAAGACCAACGACGAGAAGCGACCACGCACCGCCUUCUCCAGCGAGCAGUUGGCCCGCCUCAAGCGGGAGUUCAACGAGAAUCGCUAUCUGACCGAGCGGAGACGCCAGCAGCUGAGCGGCGAACUGGGCCUAAAUGAGGCCCAGAUCAAGAUCUGGUUCCAGAACAAGCGGGCCAAGAUCAAGAAGUCGACGGGCUCCAAGAAUCCGCUGGCCCUGCAGCUGAUGGCCCAGGGAUUGUACAACCACACCACCGUGCCGCUGACCAAGGAGGAGGAGGAGCUCGAGAUGCGCAUGAACGGGCAGAUCCCCUAAGCGGCAUCCGCUGGUUCUCAAGGAGCUCCAUCCUUCUAAACGGGGGCGUGCAAUAUUCGAGGGCGUACAAAUGGUUUUUCAUGUGAUAUAAUUGUAGCGUACAUAUGUUUUUUCUGUAUAUAUUAUCGUAUAACCCUAGCUAAGCGUAAGAUCUAUCCGUAGCGAAUUCGAGCUGUAAGUUGUUGGCGUAUUUAUUUAACCACCCUUGGCUAGCCGAAAGUAUUAUGCCGUAUUCACCCAACUCGUAAUCCCCCGAACACAAAAGGCUUGUCGCUAUCGCCGCACUCUUUACAAAAAAAAAAGCUUCGACUUUCAGACGUUUAUUCCUACACAAAACUAUCUAUAGUUAUUAUUCUCUAUAAAUUAUGUGCUUACGAACCACUUUGUAAAUUAAGUAACUUAACAGUUCCCUAGCUUAAUUCCUAGUUUACACACAUAAGGAUUGCUAUGAAUGAGUAUUUUUAGUUAGUAAGCGAAAUGUUAACGAGCAACUAGUAGCUGAUGAAUGCACCUAAGAAAAUGACGAUGAAAUGUUUGUGCUAAAGCAAAAGUUCGAAAAAAGAAAAAGUAAAAAAGAAAUAAAAACAA